UUGUGUGACAUGUAUGGCGUUGUAUUCGUUUUGUCUGGUAUUAAUGGUGUUGGAUCUAUUCAAAUAUCGGAUUUCACGGGACAAUUGGUCACAUGGGCAUUGUAGGUUAUGUAGGCUGGUCCGGGACCGGGACAGAUAGAGACGUUUCAAUUUCAUAAACAAGACAUUAUCUUCCCAUCGCAACAAGUGAACGGGUGGAUUAAAACGUUUUUGCUCAAGAAUUGGGCUCUAAUAUGUUGGAUGGACUCAUUUACACUCUAGGCAUCGUGAAUCCAAACCUCAAAUGGAGUUGGGACAUUUAAAAUUGGCACCAUUGUCCCUCAUUUUCAGACACAACAUAUUUCCACAAAAAAAAAAAACUUGGCCUACAUAUUUGGUUGCAAUCUCUCAAAAUAAAACCUGACAUGCCUCUAGCGACUAUACAUGACUGUCUGAGGCUAGUAUGCCAGCAAAAUUACCCAUUGCCUUUACAUGAAGUUCAUUUAUACGCUGUCACACCGUUCACAUUGCCACAGUGUGGACAGCCAAUGUGUUCAUACAGUAAGCAAGGUCAGCAUGGAGUUAACGCUGAGCAGCCUAAUUAGCAGAGUCUGGAACACCUCAGUGUUCCAGGCCAGCAGAGUCCUAAGCCUGUCUUAAACACACUAGUCUAAUCUGAGAGCAGAUGUCUAGAUUAUAUUCCCCAAAAGCAUAAAUGGGGGAGUUAUUAUUGACGGAUAUGAAUGUGGUGUUAAUAUGUCAGGCAUUUCACUUUAAUUGUUUGCACCUAUUUGAAGGCAUUUCAUAUUCAAACAAAUCCCAUUAACUAUCCAAAUCGACAUGGAUUGGAGAUGGACCGCUCACAGUGCACUCAGAACCUGACGGACACAUGGCUGCAAAGCCCUAGCUAGUCUGCCUCCUAUAAUCUGGUGUAAAGCCUGGCCCAUUGCUCGUGACCAUCUAAACUUCCUUCUUCAGAUUAUCUCCCAUUGUUCCACUUUUUUCUUUCCCACCAUCAUUUACUCCUUGCGUCUUUUUACUUUCUGUGUUUUCCUGUUGCUAGUCUGGUCUAGAGUGAGUUCUGCUUCUUUGCCUCUCCCCAUUGACUUUUACUGCUCAAGCUUAGCUAGUCAAAGCAUGUCUGUUUCUGUCCUAUUGCAGAAUAGUUGUGUGGCUCUGCUUUCAGUUCCAUUCUCCUUUCAUGAGGUAGAUAUUAUAGCCGGAUUCUUGAUCAUAAGAUGACAUGGAGUGAAUUGAACGGUGUGUAUUGGGUUAUUCCACAGAAACGUUGGUUUAGCUUAAAAACAAUGUAUGUUCAUAUCGCCUAUCUUUUUUUUUUUUUUAAAGAAAACAAUCUUUGUAACCAAACGAUUGCAACACUGAAUCUGUAAAAAAAAACGUAAGAAAUAUUCAUAAGAAUUGCUCAGCUAUGCGCAUAUCUUUUCUUUGAAAUCACAGAAUAUUUACAUUUGAAUAGGGAUCAAUGCUUAUUUUGGCUCGAUAUCGAGUGCAUUGUCCCAGACUGUAAAUCAGUGGCUUCCACACCCCUCUGCAAAGUAAUUUCCGAUGUUGUCCCUCAACCAUGAAGUAAUCCGAUAAAACAUACACUCCCAGCUGGAGGCCACCCCGCCCCACUACCCCUCUGUGAUAUAAUUUCCCAUCAGGCCCCGCCAUAGAACCGAACCAUCAGACCACAGUAUGGAUAGACACUGUCAUAUAGUGCACUAUUCACCUGUGCUUCACCUUGCUCAUUGUGUUCCAAGGAAUACAUGGGUUUAUAACUUUGGUUCAAAUUGCAAAGGCUGGCCUCGCCCGGAAGGGGUAUUCAUUCAUAAACUAGUGUCAGCUGUUUUAAAUUAUUAUACAAAGAAUACGGCAGAGCCAAAGGCUUUUCUUAUUGGUUUCAUGUACUCUCUUUAAUUUCACCUGAGUAUUGAAUUCCUCUAAAGAGCGGCUUAAGUCAUUCAUCUUUUGUUGGCUUCAUAUUAUAACGUGAGCCAUAUUUAUGUUGGAAUAUGUUUGAAAAAGGAAAAUAUUUUUUAUCAAAUUAAAGUUUAGUUACCAACGUCAAUAUUAUUUGUAACAGAGAAAGUCGAUGAGGGUCAAAGUUGUACUGUAUCUCUGUAGACUAAGCAAUAUGUCUGUUGGUCUUUGUUUCAAGGAUAGAAAGAAACUUACAGAUGGCCUCGAACGCUCCAAGCAUAAUGGGAAAUGUUUAUUCCUGAUUAUAUCCUGUAGUCAAAAUGCUCCCACCUGGUCAAAUGACUGUUUACUAAUAUUACAGCCUUCUUUAUGGCAAUAACCGUCCUUUCAUGGAAUAGGUGUUUUGAUUUUCUCCAAAGUCUGUUAUUGGUGGACCUUUGACAGCCUGCAAUUUCAGCCAGAUGGUUUCAAUUAUAGGAUUAUUCAUCUCAACAAGUUGAUGUGCUGUUGUCCCUCUGAAGAGCUGUAUGAACUUUGAAAUGAUAUGUUUGAUGGCAAUUUACUCGCCCUGUUCCAUGUGCACAUAAGGGAGUCGACCCCAUGCACUGAUGGAUUGUUCCUGCACAAAAGCUCUGAGAACCUGAAUAGUGCUAUUUAUUGUUGAUGCAUUUGGUUCAAAGUGUUGGCCCACCUGGUUCCUGGGCUUGUGCUGUGCAAAGUGUGUGUCACAUUGCUGUCAAUGGUGAUAAAAAAAAAAAGUAUUUAAUAUAAAUAUAUAUCAUUUUUGUUGUUAUUAAAAUAAAAAUAGGUCCUUUUAAUAACUACUCACCCAGGCUCAUGUGAAAAAUACUUUGUGAUAUGCAUUACAUCUUCCAUUACGCAGAUUGCAUAUUUGGUAUACCAUAUUGCUAGCAAAGGAAAGAGCUCGCUUCAGCUUUUACUGUGUGUCAGUGAAGGGUUAACUCGGUCCGUGAGAUGCGCAACCUUGCUAAAUAUAACGCAACCUUCUCCACAUGGUCACGCACAAGCCCUCCACUGCACUCUCACUGUCAACACUGAGGCGUAGACACUCCGGUACUACUGACUCCUUCAGCUCCUAAUUAUACUGGCACUUGGUUAAACAACAAAUUUCUCCAACGGCCCCAUAAUACUUCAGUUAGUGUGUUGAGGGCUAAUUUACCGCCUCAUGGGUAACGUGGAUGUAUUGUGUUCGUUCUGUCUUCAAGGCAGACACGCACUCGCUCGAGCACCGCAUUCAACACUUUCAUUUCACUUUGAAAAAUUUACCACGUGGGGAUCCAGAAAUAAGUGCUGUGUUGGGAUGUCUUUUUAAAUAGUGCCACUCAAGCUAUUGCUCACGUAAUGCAGGCACAUCUUAAGGCACAUCAUUGUAACCCAUGCUCCCUAAUGGCCAUCAUUAACUACAAGAACAUUUUAUUGUGUUUCUUUUGUUUUAUUUGAUAUUUUAUUUGUUUUAUUUGAUAUGACAAAGUGAUACAUUUGUCAUAAUUAAAGUUGGCGCACCUAUGUGGCAGCACCCUGGUCUUAUAGCUAAGCUUCUCUCCUUCCCACUCAAAGAGGAACGAAGCUGAACUGUGUAACACCCAGGAGCUCCACGCAGCUGAACAACAGCUAAGAUCUAAAAAAUCUAACAGAAUGGUGUUCCUCUGAGGAUUUUCUUUAGCGAUCUAAUUAAAUGUAUUUGAUGCAGGUCUUAUCAUAGCUUAACAAGCCUCUGUGUUUAUAAAUCCACCAUAGCCCUUGUGUUUUAACAGAGCAUGAGAAGUGCGUCCGUCCACUCGUCCUCCUCAUGAAGGUUGUGAACGGGGGAUGACACCUCCUCCAGUCCUCUUCCUUUGUUUGUGCAGUAGGUGGAAAUUGGCCUGUGGGGUUUGCAGCGAGGUUCUCAUGCUGCACGGCCGCUCUCUUCAUUAAAUAGGAAACUCUGUGCUCAAGGCGGGUUGGGGAUUAUUACCAUAUGUCUGCAGAACCUAGCUCCCAUUCUACCCUCUAAUUUCUUAUACCAAAAUUGGACAUUUGGGUUGGUGUGUGUGUGUGACAACGUUCCUCCCUUUCCCUUGCCUGGCUCGCUGGAUACUCGCAGUGAUUCUUUUCCCAUUUUUAGAUGCAUAAUAGCAGUGCAUCAACCUUUUCAGCAAUAGUCCGGGGAAAAUAUUAUGGCUGGUCUCUGCUAUCUACAUGGGGCGCUUCCCCUCCAGACAUUAGCACAUCUUGUGUUGUGGGUCUAUGUUGUGUCUAGGGUGGAGAUUAGGCCCUUCAUCCUCUGAGGGUUAAGGAUCUCUGCUACAUUAGAUUAGCCCGGUUUAAUUUAACUCACUGUAAGAAUUGCAUUUAUACAAAAGAACAAAUCUUUGAGGAGACAUAAAAGGCGUGGGCUGUAAUUAAUGCAGAAAAAUGUAAGACUUUUACAGUUCUGUACAAAUCAUAAAGAAAGUCCACUCUGGGUGUGGGAGGAGGUUCAAAAGAGAUCUUUGUGUGACUACGUCUAAAGGCCAUUGGCCGACAUUGCCCGUCCCAGCAUGCAACUCACCUCUGCAUGAAUACUACACUUGUCUGCUGGGUGGGUUGAGUCCCCCCACCCCCCCAUUACCAUUUUUUUUCUCCCAAAUCCUACACAGGAGUUUGACAUGAGCAGCUUGUCUUGCACACCAGUUUAGGAAAGUUGACCAUGGAUACAGCCGUGGUGGAGCCAUGGAGAGGGUGACUGCAUCUGCAAUCUUUUUUUCUUAUGGGAUUCAGUCAGCCACACAUUUUAGGAAGACCUUGAGAUAUCGUUUUUUUGUAACUUGGGGACUCAGGGUUAACAUGUUUCUUUACGUUGUUCAGAAGUUGUAUUUAUGGAUGUUUGAGUAAUGAAUUUACAGCAACAUGACUUUAAUAAUCAACAUGAUGCUGCAUGCAAAAAACAUCAGGAUUCCACCUGGAGGGACGUAUUCAAAUGUAUUUAAUCAGGGCAACAGUUGUAUUUCCGUAUCAUUUUACGAUUUAAUCUACUUCUUGAAAACCUAAUUUGUAUUGGCAUGCUAUGCCUGGGAUGGUAAACAAAUUAGUUUAAGAUUGGAUUUAAUUUCUUUUGUUGAAAAAGCUUUAAUACUUUUUAAAUUUAUUUGAUUUAGUUGAGCUCAAAGCAAGUGUGGUGCCCUUGAUUAGCCAAUUGGGCCGUUGAGGUUUGUGAUGUAGACAUUUUUCGAGAUGGCAUAUGAGAAGGACCCGAAGUUGCCGGGAGUUCAUUUGAUCAAUCUUUCAUGGAAGUCUGGGUUGGUCAGUGGUAGAUUUGUCUCGGAGAGUCCACCCCCAUCCUUUUAGUGUUGUACGAAUCAAAAUGAGGGUAGGCAUCAGACCAGCCAAUUUUUUUUGACCUUUUGGACUAUUGAGCGGUAAAACACACGACCAGCUCAAGAUGUUCAUGUACUGGAAGAAGCGAGGUGCCUAUGAGUUGAAUGCUCUGCCACCCUCUCUAAUGGAAGAGGGAAUGGAGCGGUAUUCCUGGUCCUCCGCCAUGGAUGUCUUUUAUGAUCUUCAUGACGAGAAGCCCCUGCAGGAGGAGGACUGGGUGGUCUGCCAGAACCCGGAGUGCCCGGAACGCCGCAGGGCCUCCAAGGUUUGCCACCACCAAGACUGCCAAGACCUGAACAGCAAAAGCCCCCUUCACCUGUGCGAGUCAUGUGACUUGCGCUUUCAUUCUGAGAACACAGACAAUAUGCACUUUGAGCGGCACCCCCGAUUUGACUUGCAACCCCAAGGCUCCAUCCUGGCCCGGAACGUGUCCACGCGCUCCUGCCCCCCGCGAACCAGCCCCCCCUCGGGCCUGGAGGAAGAAGAGGAGGAGGAAGUGCACGACCGCGGGGAACGUAAAACCGGGGCGUUGAAAUUGGUGAAGAAGAAGCCGCGGAGACGACACACUGAUGACCCCAGCAAGGAGUGCUUCAGCCUCAAAUUCGACCUCAACGUCGACAUCGACACAGAGAUUGUACCGGCGGUGAAAAAGAAGACGCUGAGAGAGGUCCUGGGUCCGGUGUUUGAGAGGAAGGGCAUCGAGCUGGCCCGGGUGGACCUGUUCCUGGACCAGUCCAACACCCCGCUGUCCCUCAACUUUGAGGCGUACCGCUUCGGGGGACACUACCUCAAAGUUAAAGCGCGGCCGGGCGACGAGCUGAAGGUGGAGCAGGGCGUGAAGGACCUGCGCUCCCUCAGCCUGCCCAACAUGAAGCCCUGCGGCAACCAGAGCGGCUACAUCCUGGCCCCCGCCCGCGAGAAGGCAGAGCACGGCUCGCUGGGGCGGAGCGACAGCAUCGACCUCUUGGGUCAUCAGGCCAGACGGAGGAAGAACAUCACCGAGUUCCUGGGAGACUCCAACAUCCCGUCUCCGGACUCCCUGAGCCAGAUGGGCACGCCGCUGCCCGGCGUGGGGGCGGGGCCCGACAACUGGAAGAACCGCGCCGCGAGCCGCUUCAGCGGCUUCUUCGGCUCCACCGCCGGGGCCGGCGCCUUCGGCAAGGAGCUGGACCGCGGGGAGCAGCUCCAGAACAAGCUGAGCUCCUACCAGCUGUUCGGCCUGCCCAAGGUGCCGCGGCAGCUCGCCUUCCACCAGGACGCCUGGGGGGAGGACGAGGACGAGGAGACCAACCUGACCCUGGAGGACAGCUGGCAGACCCUGCUGGAUAGCCCCGAGGUGCUGACCAGGCGACAGUUCCACCAGCAGGAGGCGAUCUGGGAGCUGCUUCAGACCGAGGCCACGUACAUCAAGAAGCUCAGAGUCAUCACCGAUCUGUUCCUGAGCGGCCUCCUCAACCUGCAGGAGAGCGGCCUGCUGACGGAGGUGGACCCCACCAAGAUGUUCAGCAACAUCCAGGACCUGGUGCGCCUGCACACGGCCCUGUGGGGCCAGGUGAUGCUGCCCGCCCUGCAGCAGGCGCGGCAGGCCCGGGCCCUGCUGGACCCCGCGACCCUCCACCACGGCUUCAACACGUUUGGCUCAAGGUUCCAGCCCUACAUCCGCUACUGCAUGGAGGAGGAGGCCAGCAUGGAGUACAUGCGCACGCAGCACCGAGACAACGAGCUCUUCAGGACCUACGUCACGUGGGCCGAGACCAAGAAGCAAUGUAACCGGCUGAAGCUGGCGGACAUGCUGGCCAAGCCUCACCAGAGGCUGACCAAGUACCCCCUGCUGCUGAAGAGCAUCCUGAAGAAGACGGACGACACGGACGCCCGCGACCUGGUCAGCAGCAUGGUGGUCUCGGUGGAGUGCUUCAUCAACAGCGUGGACUCCCAGAUGCGCCAGCGGCAGGACAAGCAGAAGCUGGCCACCAUGUCGGCCCGCAUCGAGUCGUACGAGGCCGUGGAGGGCAGCAGCGAGGAGGUGGAGAAGAUCCUGAAAGACUUCAACCACUUCGACCUGAUGGCGCCCAUGAGGGGUACAACGCCAGACGAGACGCGGCAGCUCCACCUAGAGGGCGCGCUGAGAAUGAAGGAGGGGAAGGACAGCCGGAUGGAGGUGUACUGCUUCCUGUUCACCGACCAGCUGCUCAUCACCAAGAGCGUGAAGCGGGUGGAGAAGGUGAAGGUCAUCCGCCAGCCACUCCUCGUGCACAACGUGGUCUGCAAGGAGCUCAAAGACCCCGGUUCAUUCAUCCUCAUCUACCUCAAUGAGUUCAAGAACGCUGUGGCCGCCUACACGUUCCAAGCCAACAGUGCCACCCAGGGGCGAAGCUGGGUAGAUGCCAUCUGCAAUGUCCAGAACCAGCUCCAGAAGCUCCGGGCUGCCGAGCUGCUGCGGCUGCAGAACAGCCCCCCCCCCGUAGCCCGGGGGCCGGAGGAGGAGGAGGACGCCAGCAGCAACUCCCCCGCCAGCUCCCCCUCGCUCCGACACACAGACCAGCCGAGCAGCAGACCCUCGUCUUCUGUCAGCCAAUCGGACGGCUCGACGGAAACCCUGUCGGUGAUGGACAUCGAGGAGCUGUCGGAGCCCCCCACCCCCACCCCCGCCACGGCCCUGGGCGGCCCCAGCAGGCCGCUGCAGGCCCCCGAGCUCGCGGGCCACCAGCGUUUCCACGGCAGCCUCCCCCAGGACCUCAAUCGGGACCGGGGCCCGGGGGCCGACGGGCCGGAGCCCGACCCCCAGUGCCGCUCCCGCUCCAUGGACAGCGCCUACGGGACCCUCUCCCCGGAGUCCCUCCUGAAGGAGCUGGGGGCCCGGCCCGGCCACAGCGAGGGCGAGGACUCGGAGGAGGACGAGGGGCGGGAGCGGCGGGACGCCCCGGGAGGAGAGCCGCAGGAGGAGGAGGACGGGGAGCAGUUUAAAACGGAGGUAGAGGAGGCGCCGCGGCAUGAGCAGGAGGAAGAGGAGGAGGAGGAGGAGGAGGAGGAUUCGACCUCGCUGGGCUCCCAGCUCUCCGUGGUCCAGGCCUCUAAACCGCGGCGGCGGCCUCACGUCCUGCCCCGCGUCCGCUGCCUGCAGGGGCCCCCCGCCCUCACCGUCUCCCGCUCGGAGGACAACCUCCUGCAGCGCUGCCACGGUGGCGGGGAGUCUGCGGCGUCCCGGGGCGCGCUCGGCAGCCCGUCGGAACGCAGCCCGUCGGCCGGCGACGGCCCCCCGCCGUCGAUGGUGCACAGCCGGAGCCUGACGGAGCUGGGCCACCACAACGGCAUGGAGCUCCUGCUCCAGUCCGAGCCUGUGCCGUCCGGCGACGGGCGCCCCUCCGCCGAGAAGGUGGACGCCACCCUGAGGCGAGCAGAGGCCCGGAGGGCGGCGGCAGCGGCGCAGGCCGGCCAGUCGGACAACCCCUCGGGAGACGCGGCCACGGAGGCGACGGCGCCGCCGGCCCCCGCCUCGCUAGAGGUGAGGCGGGGGCCAGCGGCGGUGGUGGUCGACGGCGUGGGAGAGACCUCCGUGAAGAGCAGGAAGUCGCCGGGCCCGCAGCACAAGAAGCUGACUGUGGCGCAGCUGUACCGGAUACGCACCACCCUGGUCCUGAACUCCACCCUCACUGCGUCGGAGGUAUAACCACUGUGGCGGAACAGCCUCCCGCGGGCCAUGAAUAAGGAGCAAACACUUCUUUUUGAGUCUCAUGUGGCUGGACUGAAAAUUCCUAUUGACACAAAUGCACUCUCUCUCGCUGCCCUCUCCCUUCCGGUGUGACCGUGGAUAAGCCGUGGGACUCUCCUUACCGUUGACUUUGCUUUGGGACGAUAACAAACCCCCUUGUUUUUUCUCCAGUUGCAUUGGUUUCCUAUUGUUUCUCUAUUGGCACAGAGGGGGAGAGGAGAGUGAGACAUUAACUGCUUUGCACUUUGUUUGAUAAGUAGCAUUUAAAGGGGCUGGAUCCUUGAUGUUGAACUGGGACCGGGGGUGGCAUACAAGACAUGAAGGUGCUGCAGGCCCCAUCGAGCGAGUUGGACAGGGGAUGCGUGAAUGAAUGCGAGAGAGGGAGAGAGGGAGAGAAGAAGAAGCCAUGGUCUCUCUGCCUCAUCCGGCUCCAAAGCCCAGUCUGGGCAGGGGGUACGUGGGGCACGGCCUGGAUGGUCAGCCAAAGCUCCCAGUCCACAUACCUUUCACACAAGUCACGGGGAAAGGGCCACGCAGCUCCCACAGUACCAAAGUACCGAAUGGCACCCACCAAUCGCUUUAGUAUUUAUACUGCUCCUCGGUCUCUUUGAGAAAAGAGAGAAUAAAUUAAUCUUGCACAAUUAUCUUUGUUAGGUAGAAGAAUCACUAAGGGGUGAAAUUAUAUUUAGAGUGACACGAUGAAUUUCAAUCAAAUUGUUUGCCGUUUUGUGUCUCCACUGUGUAUGACUGCGUGAGUGAGUGUGUGUGUGUGUGUGUGUGUGUGUGCGUGCGAGUGCAUGGGUUUGUGUGUGUGCAAGUGUGCGAACGCAUGAGCGUGUGUCUGCGUGCGUGUAUGCAUGGUUGUGCGUUCGUAUCAGUGAGUGAAAGAUACAGUCCAUUAUUCCUGACUGAACCAAAUGUAUUUUGCAUCUGUGAAUUAUUUGCUAGCAUGCCCAAAUUGAUUUGGAGGCAGAUUUGGUAGCCAGUAGAAGCUAACCCAAGAGAAUAACGGUCACAGCCACCUGAUACAGUAUCUGUUUAUGUCAUGAGACGGCCACGAGAUGCAAAUCGGUCCGGUAAUUAGUUACUGGAGUUUGGUGAUGAACUGAUGACAAGUUGGUUUUGUAUUAAGCACAGGGAUGAAAAGGAACCGUUGAAUUGACUGAUGAGUUAAGAGCGGUUCCAUAGGCUUAAUGGUGGUUUCUACUCUAUUGCCCUGGAAGAAUAGGACAACAGACACAUUAGUCCACCCCGAUGAAUUAACAUUCUCACACACUGAUAGCUUCUACAACCCAAAGGUUUCCCCAACCAAAUAGGUUAACUUUGUUUACUUUUAGUUUGUCUUUUUGAAAUAUUGUAAUAUUUAUUAUGCCUGCGCUAUCUAUAAAUAUCUAUAUCUAUUCCUAUGUCUUUAUAUAGAUAUAGAUCUAUAUCUGUAUAGAUAUAGUUAUAUAUAGUUUUCCAUAAGGAUUUUUGUUUUUGUCUGUGUAGUCUUAAUAAUUGUUGUCUCGUUUUCUCGUCAGGCUAUCAUGUACUGCUAUGAACCAAAAUGAUUUGUGGCCCCUUUCAGGAAUGUCUCUUUAAGUGUCUUACAAAAUAAAACAAAAAUGCUAAAAAUAUGUAUGUGGUAAUCCUUGUUUGAAUGUUUUAAUCCGUUGUAAUGGAGCAGGUUUCUGGGAGCCUGUGGUUUGGGUUCCCACAGGUCAUUUUCAUACAGCUAAAACAAAUGUCAAAAGAACACAUGUGUCAGCAGAGCGUGGAUUAAUACGUCAUGUGAAGACUGGGUUGGUGGUGUGGACGCAAUUGAACUGUUGAGUGAGACGGGAGUGCACAGGUUUGUAGUGAUACCAAAGAAGGGAGUUCUAUCAAGUUAUUUUCUUCUUCGUUGUGGGGGCGGUUCUCGGAAAGUACUGCACUGCGCAAUACCUGACCAUGUGGGUCGAUGCCCCCCUC